GGACAGUUUUCUGUCAGCGCUUUUCGCGUUCAAACUAUUCGACUAAAAUACGUCGUUCAAAAGUAACAAAAACUAAAACGUUGAAUAUACACAAUAAAUUUGGGAAAAAAAUCAAGUCAGUUUGUUCAAUGAUUUUUGAAGUUUUGUGUCAAUUCAAAUGAAAAGUUGAAGUGAAGAAAGAAGAAUGCACAAAAUCGCAAUUAGAUAAAUAAAUAAAAAAUUAAUAGAAAUUUUUGUGGUGCAAAUUUUAAAUCGAAAGUGAAUCAAACAAAUUGUGAAUUAAUCCAAGAUAAAAGAAAACGAACAAUAAAUCUCUAAAAACAAAAUCUGGUGAAAUUGAAUUUAUUCGAAAUUCAAAAGUGUUGCUUUUUUUGUCGAAACUGUCAAUUUCUGUUGUUUUCCAUUUGACUAGCUCAUCGAAAAUCGAGGAGUCAAACAAAAAGCGUAGUGAAUCUUAUCGCAUCGAAAAGUGUUUUUAUGUAAUCACGAAAGGGAGAAACUUAUUCUAAAAAUAUAAAAAAGGCCGUACAAAUUAGAUAAAAUGCCAUCAUUACUGGAGGCAAUCGAAGGAAAAUACGGACUGGGAGGCAGCUGUGAUCCACAGGAAGCGCUCGUAUCCAUCUUUGUACCCAAACUUCCACCACGACUACUCGUACCAGAUUUGCUUGUGUUAAAUGACUGUGAUAUCGAUUGUGCUGGUGAGCCGGAUGGAUUGCGAAAAAAGUGCUCUACGGUGCGAGAAUUGGAUUUGGCACAAAAUAAACUAAAGAGUUGGAAAGAAGUGUUUUCAAUUCUGUCGCAUAUGCCACGCGUUGAAUUUGUGAAUUUGAGCUUGAAUUUCUUGUCGGGACCGGUUGAACCGCCACCAGACAUUGGAUUGACACGAUUACGCAGUUUAGUAUUGAACAAUACACGGCUCGACUGGGAAAGCGUUGAAACGCUUAUCAAUUCCUUACAAACACUCGAAGAACUACACCUCUCGCUUAAUAAUUAUCAUAACAUUUUGAUUGACACAUUGGACGAUGAUGUUUUCCAAAUUAAUGACGAUUACAAAGAUGAUCUAAAUGACACCGAGGACAAUGACAUUGAUGAGACAGCCACAGCAGCUGCGUCAGUGCAAAAUACAACGAAAAACGAGGACAAACAAUCCGUUUGCAGCUCAUGCGGCCUAGAAACUCAAACAAGCAAAGAUACAAAAAGAAGCGAGUCAGUUUGUUCUACAUUUAAGAAAACAAAUGCACACAAUGGCGUGAAAAAAUUACAAUUUUCUGGCAAUCCAGUAUCGAAAUGGCAUGAAAUUUGUCGACUUGGUCGAGUUUUUCCAAAUUUAGAGUCAUUAGUGUUGGCUGAAUGUCCGCUGAAAGCGGUUGAGCCAAUACCUCGACCCGGUUCAAGUAGCAGCGAAUGCAGUGACAACAAUUCAUCAUCGAACAGUGAAAGUGAAGAUCCUCCACAUCAGUAUUUCCAAAAUCUCACGUUCCUAAAUUUAAGUAACACAGAGAUAAACACAUGGGACGACAUAGAUCGUUUGGCAAAAUUUCCAGCGCUUCGAAAUUUACGCGUUCAAAAUUGGCCAUUAUGGGAAAAAUGUGAUGCAACCGAACACGAACGACGCCAAUUGCUUAUAGCACGUCUUCCUUAUGUGCAGACAUUGAACGGUGGCGGUAAAAUAAGUUCCGAAGAACGUGAAGACUCCGAACGGGCUUUCAUUCGAUACUAUGUAGAUAAACCAGAAGCAGACCGACCCGAAAGGUACACCGAAUUGGUUGCUAUACACGGAAAAUUAGAUCCUUUGGUUAAAAUUGAUUUGCGGCCAGAGAAACGUGUCAAAGUGACAUUCACUUAUGGUGACACAAGCGAAAUUAGACCAGUCGAUGUUUAUAGAACUGUUGUUGAUUUGAAGUCACGUCUCGAGAGAUUGAUCAACAUUCCUGCGGCCAAAAUGAAACUAUUCUAUGUUGAUCAAGAUUUGCGCGAUACACACGGACCGGAAGAAAUGAAAUAUAUGCAUAAGCAGCUAUACAGCUACAAUAUUCGUGAUGGAGACGAAAUAAUCAUCGAUCAAAAGCGAUAAACAUAUUCAUAACAGCAUAUUGCAUCGCACGUAUUGGAUGCGCCACUUGAAUCAAUCGCACUCCACAGAGACGAGAAAGCAAACGUACAUUUUAAUCCAAUAAAAUUAAUUCACCAAACAAAUUUUAUUUAUACAAAACUUUGAAAACAACUUAACACUAAUCAAAUUCAUUGUAAGAUGAGAGCAAAUAUUUUUGUAUCUUUUUUUUUUCGUUUACAUUGAAGAAUUAUGUUUUUUUUUUCACUAACCACUGUGUAUCGAAAUCAGCUAAAACUUUAUUGAGAAAUAAUUCUCUCAGUGUUUUUAAAUUACUAUUGUACGAGCUAAACUGAUCUAUUUUCAGUGAAGAUGUUUAGUUUUUUUAACUCCUAAUUUGUUUUUGCUUAUAAUGUCGUGAUUUUUCUCCAAUUUUUUAUGAUUAUAAAUUCGUAUUAUAGAAAAACAAACAAAUGUGAGCAAAUAGUCAGAGAAAUGACUAGUAAAAUAAAGGAAAUUCAACUUGUAGUAGAAACGAGAUUUAAAGAGAGUGUGAACAAGAAUGGAAUAAAUCAAAUCGAUUUUA